CUUGCUACAAGCGCUUCACCCAUCCCGAAUACAGGCAUAACAACGACCCCGCGCCCUCUAUUAUGCUCGCCCGCACCAAACUCCGCGCCUAUAACCUCUUCUGCAGCUCCUUCGUUGACUUCGUCGAAGACGAUAAAUGCUGCAACAACCCCAGCAGCCCAGCACCCUGUCUCCGGCUGCGGAUCGGCUCGCGGCGUCCCGCCCUCGGUGACUGCUUUCGCUACGCCCCGAUAACAAUGUGGCCGGCGCCUGCGAACGCCUGUCCGUGUGCUGCGAGGCUGCAUGAUAUUCUUAACCCGCCGUUUCCUGCGGGGUCGGCGUACGGCAACACGCUCGUGGGGGUGGUGGAUGAGCGUAGUCUGGUGUAUAUGCUGCGGCCUGAGCGUUUGUAUGGCGACGAUGAUCCGGGUGGUCUAAUUAUACUGAUUAGUUUUGAUUGGGCGAUUGGGAGGGUCCGGGCGGGGGACGAGGGCGUGGGCAAUGGCGUGGAUAGCGCGAUGGGGGAUAGGCGGAGUGAGAUUCAGAUGCUUAGUAUAUGGGUUGCUGGGAAGGCGGAAGCUUGCAGAGAUGGGACGUGUUGCUAACGGUGUGUGUCUGUAGUAAAUAAUAUCGUCCCUGUAAUAUAAAGCUUUCUUCAGUUACCUAUUUCGGUUAUCUUUAUUUUACUGUGGCAACGCU